ACGCAAUUAAUUUUUACUGUGCCCUAAUCCUUCCUUUUUUGUCGGUGCCGCCUCCCAACCUGUUCGGCUGCUCCUCUCAACUCACGGUACAAAAACCCUAUAAGCCACCUCACCGGCUUCAGUGCCCGCUGGCAAUCGCCGUUGACGACGAGCUCCGACCACGGUGCCUCUCCCAGUCUCGUUCCCAUCUGUCUCUCUUAAUCUCUUCUUCACCUCACUGUCGCCGACGAGCUGCUGCCGCUCCCUCACACACCCGUUGAGCUGCUGCUGCUCCUCGUCACCGAGCUCGAGCUGCUGCUGCUCCGUCUUCCGUGUUGGGUGGUCCCUGCUCCCUGCUCCCUCCCCUCAACGAGAUCCCUGCCCUCCCGCCCAUUGUCAUUCGUAUACUGGUACAGACUCAACGACACCGCGCCGCAGUGCCUCCUCUACUCGGCUUCGCACCAGCGCUGCGGUCCUCAUCUGGUCUUUGCCUUGAUCAGACGGAUUAAAAAAGAUGCCCCGGAGACCAAGAAAACGCCCACUGAAUCCUCGGCCGCUUACUUUCUCCCCCUUUGCUCGUUCAGCUGCUCUAGUUGCCUGCAUAAACUCAGCAAAACAGCAAAUUAAUGAGUCAGAAUAUCUCAUGGAUACCCCUGAUAAGUUAAAAGGUAAUGGACAUAUCAAAAACACCCUUGAAGAGGCAAGUAUGCAAUCUGAGUCUUCAGAUGAAGAGGAUUUUGAAGGAGUUGUUCAAGCUGAUUUUGCCUUCUUCGAUCCGAAACCCGAUGACUUCCAUGGUGUGAAGAUACUGUUGCAGAACUAUCUGGAUGAUAAGCAGUGGGAUUUGAGUGGUUUCGUGGACUUAAUACUGGAGCAGACAACUGUGGGUACUGUUGUUAAGAUUGAGGGGUCUGAAGAUGAUGGAAUCUUCUCUUUUGUCAGUGCCCUGAAUUUGGGCAGAUAUAAGGAUCAUAAAUGCAUUACCGAACUUAUGGAGUACCUUCUCACGAUUUGCCAAGAAAAGGAUGUGAUAAAUGAUCUGAAGUUACUUUUGGGGGAGAGAGCAUGUGAUGUUGGCCUCCUGGUCUCCCAGCAUGUGAUGAACCUUCCUCCACAGCUUCUGCCUCCACUUUAUGACGCCGUCUUCGAUGAGGUCUCUUGGGCUACUGAAGAUGAGCCAACAGAGGACCUUCGGAGUUCCUUCGAAUUCAAGUUCUAUAUAUUAAUUAGCAAACUGUACAAGCAUAAGAGAACUGUAACAAAGAGUAAGCCAAAUGGCAAAGAAAACGACACUAUAUAUGCUAAGCCAGAAGACGAAAUUUUCCAUAAGCUCAGCUCGUGGUCCUUCAAUUUUCCCUUGCGCAAACAGCUAGUUAGCCCCGACGAGCUUAAAGAUUACCGACCGAUGGGGUUAGUGAUGGCUGUCGGAGCCGACAAAGUUUCUACCUUCCGAUCAGAAUUGAAAUCUUUAAUUGAUAGUCCUCCAGACUCCUGAGGCAGGACGACAAGGGGAUUUCCUUCUGUUACACAGCCAAUUUUGCAAUCUGUUAUGUAUUUGGAUCAGAUUUCGAAUUAGAAUCUAGAGCAUUGCUAAUUUUCUGUGCAGAGCCCGCCUUUCUGUAGUUGCCUGGGGAGCAGGAACUGUUGCAACGUAAGUUAUUGAUUAUUUUUUCAUUGCUUUGAGAACUA